AUGAGGACUCCACGACACAUUCUCCACGACCCACAGGAUAUUCAUGGAGCUUCACAUACGGGCUACACCUACGAGCUUCACAUACAGGCUACACCUACGAGCUUCACAUACGGGCUACACCUACGAGCUUCACAUACGGGCUACACCUACGAGCUUCACAUACGAGCUUCACAUACGGGCUACACCUACGAGCUUCACAUACGGGCUACACCUACGAGCUUCACAUACGGGCUACACCUACGAGCUUCACAUACGGGCUACACCUACGAGCUUCACAUACGGGCUACACCUACGAGCUUCACAUACGAGCUUCACAUACGGGCUACACCUACGAGCUUCACAUACGGGCUACACCUACGAGCUUCACAUACGGGCUACACCUACGAGCUUCACAUACGGGCUACACCUACGAGCUUCACAUACGAGCUUCACAUACGGGCUACACCUACGAGCUUCACAUAUGGGCUACACCUACGAGCUUCACAUACGGGCUACACCUACGAGCUUCACAUACGGGCUACACCUACGAGCUUCACAUACAGGCUACACCUACGAGCUUCACAUAUGGGCUACACCUACGAGCUUCACAUACGGGCUACACCUACGAGCUUCACAUAUGAGCUACACCUAUGA